UGAUUUGCUUCUUUGUCAUUUUACUUUUUCGAGAAAAUUAUAAAAGAAAUUAGGAGUGUUUUAAUUCAUACGAGAGAAAAAAUUAUAAAAAUAAGUUAAGUUGUAAAACGCAAAAAUGAAUUGGUACAAAGGUAACAUUCAAGAGGCCGUUGCAGAAUCAAAAGCGAAAAAUGCGGUUUUCGUUGUUUAUGUUGAAGGAAAAAACGAAUCGACACAAAAACUUACAAGUUUCAUAAAUGAUCAGAAAAUCCGCGAGAAACUUGAGUCUGAUGAUUUUGUGGCCAUUAAAAUUGAAAGUGAUAGCCAAGCGUAUAUGCAGUUUGCAUCAAUUUAUCAAGUAGUGCCUGUGCCAUCAAUUUUCUUUAUUGGUAAGACGGGUUCUCCACUUGAAAUUGGUACUGGCAUAAUUGCUUCCGUUGCUGAACUUGAAGAAAAAAUUAUGAGAGUACUAUCUGCAUCAGGCCGCAGUACACCCUCUGCGCAAUCUUCGGCUUCUUUUAUUACAGCUGAACAAAAUGCAACUGCCGUUAACAGUGAAAUCAGCACAAAGAAGUCCAAUGAGUCACUUGCUGACUCGGGAGAUGUUGAAGCACCGUCUACCAGUAAACCACCAGCGGAACCUGAAACUGUGGUGAAGAAGGAUCAAGUAGCUGAAAUUGUAUGUGAAGGUGACGUUUGUUACAAAAAAAUACAAGAUCCACAAAAAGAAGUCGCCGUUGCCACAGAUGAAAAUAAGGUGUCAACCAAUGAAACUGAAACUAAAAAGGAAACUGAAGCAAAUGCUCGGCUGGAGGAAGAUAGAAAGAAAAUAGAAGAACGUAGGAAACAUAAUGAAGAGCAGGAACAAUUAUUAACAGAGCGCAGGUUAAUGAGACGUAGGCGUGAAGAAAUAGAGAAGCAGAACUUACAGAAAUGGCAACGUGAAGAAGAGCUAAAUGAAUUAAAGGUUUGUAAAUUGCUUGAAAUUAUUGAAAAUAUACGACGUGAGAAACUCGAAGAAAUUGCAGCACGGGACAGAAUUCGAGCACAAAUUGCUGCAGAUCGAGCUGAGCGGGCACACAAAUAUUCUUUGCCCAGUGCCGCAAUUGCAGAUGUGAGUAACAAAAGUGAAAUAGUUACCAGCACAUGUUCUGCCGAUAGCACUCGAAUCCAAUUUCGGUUUGCAAAUGGUAAUAGUGCGACACACGUUUUUGAAAGCAAGGAUACGCUUGGAAAAUUACGGGAGUACGUACGAACCGAUUUAUUACCCGGCACUGGAAUAAAAGACUUUACUUUAGCAACAACAUACCCAAAGCGUGAACUUAAUGUGGAACACGAUGUUCAAACGCUUGCUGAAUUGAAUCUGUUACCUAGCGCUGUGAUAUUGAUAAUUGGCAAAGAGAGUAUGAGUAGCCCCGCGGCAAUCAUUGCGCGCUCUGGUGGUAUUUUAAAUAUCUUCACUACUUUAGUGAUGACCAUUCUUUCUCCAGUUUUUUCCAUUUUUGGUUAUUUGAAGAAUGUUGCAACCGGCGCUGGCCGCAAGAAUGAUAAUGAUGAUGGUAAUAAUGUGGGUGCCAACAAGAGAGCAAACGAGGAUGAUCGUGCACAACAUGAUGCCGCAAAGCGACGUAAUAUGGAGCGUUUUGGUGGUUCGAAUUUUGGUAACAAUGCCAGUACCUCAGAUGAUGGGGCUACAGAAAAAGGUGAAUCAAAACCUUACCGGCGGUAUGGUGGUUCAAAUAUUCAUCGACUGACUGACCACAAAGAUUCAGACGAUGAAAAUGCCACAUGGAAUGGCAAUUCCACGCAACAACAAUAG